AUGACUGCAUUCAAAAAUGACCCCGACAUCGAUGUCAAGGGCAAGACCGAGACCGAGACCGACGUCGAGUCGCCCGUCGACAUCCCGCAACUCACCAAAACCACGGAGCGCAAAUUAAUGUCCAAGGUGGAUUUACACGUCCUCCCGUUUCUGUGUGUGUUGUAUCUUAUGGCUUUUCUUGACCGAGUGAAUAUCAGUAAUGCAGUCCUUUUCGGCCUUCAGAAAGAUCUCGAUAUUCAGACAGGAACAAAGUAUAAUACUGCCUUGACCAUUUUCUUCGUUCCGUAUAUUAUCUUCGAGAUUCCAUCGAACAUACUCCUGAAAAAGCUCAAGCCGCAUGUGUGGUUGUCGUUCUGUAUGGGGAUGUUUGGGAUUAUCAUGAUCAUGCAGGGCCUGGUACAGAAUUGGGGUGGCUUGAUGGCCACUCGCUUCCUUCUAGGUUUGUUUGAGACCGGCAUGUUCCCCGGAUGCUUCUACCUCAUGUCCUGCUGGUACACCCGCGGCGAAGCCCAAAAACGCUUCUCCUUCUUCUUCGGCUCCGCCACUCUGGCUGGCGCGUUCGGCGGCGUCCUGGCCUUCGGAAUCGGAAAGAUGGACGGUCUCCAAGGCUACAGGGGCUGGCGAUGGCUCUUCAUUAUUGAGGGGUUGUUGACAGUUAUCAUUGCCGUUAUAUGGUUUUGGACAUUACCUGAUUUCCCGGAGACAGUUAGUUGGUUGAGUGAGGAUGAGAGGGCUUUUAUCAAGGCGAAGUUGGAGAAGGAUACCGGAAAGUCGGCGCAUGCGCAGUCUGUCACGUGGAGAGAUGCCUUGAGGGUUUUUAAGGAUUACAAGAUUUUCGUCGGAGGAUUGGCAUACUUUGGACUUAUUGUCCCAGCUUACGGAUAUGCCUACUUCGCCAACUCCAUCAUCAAAAGCUAUGGCUACAGCGCUCUCACCACUCAACUAUACUCCGUCCCACCCUGGGCCGCAGCAUUCGGAUUCUCCCAACUAGUCGCCUACUUCUCCGACAGAUUACGCCAUCGAUACCUGUUUACUAUCAUCCCAGUCUGCAUUACGCUGGUAGGUCUAAUCAUGCUACUCAACAUCCACAAUCACAAGCAUGUCCAGUAUGGAGCGCUAUUCUUGGUUACCUCGGGCACGUACUCCGCUAUGCCUGUGAUUGUGUGUUGGUAUGCGAUGAAUCUGGGCGGACAUACGAGGAGGAGUGUGGGAACAGCGUGGCAGGUUGGAUUUGGAAAUAUCGGUGGAAUCAUCGCUACAUAUUCAUUCCUCUCGAAAGAUGCACCGGAAUAUCGCAAUGGGUUCAUCAUUUGCAUUUCUUUCGCAUGCCUGUCCAUGGCAGCUUGCACUGUGUACUUGGUUGGGGUUUGGCAUGCUAAUCGUCAGAGAGCUCGCAUCCUCGCGGAGUCUAGUGGUCAUUUGGCUGAGGAUGGGGAUAAGACGGAGGAUUUGGGAGAUUUGGCGCCUACGUAUCGACAAGUUCUCGAAACAUCUGCGAAGAUGAGAGCUAAGUGGAGAAAGAAGCGCGUUCGCCGUCUCAAGCGUAAGAGAAGAAAGGUCAGAGCCCGAUCCAAAUAA